UUCCAGUAAAUAGACUCAGCAGUUGAGGUGAGACUGGUGGAUUUGUGCAUUGCUUUCCUCUUUAUCUGAUUGACUGACAAAUGGAAUCUCCAGUCGUUAUGCUACAACGUUGGUGAUUGCAACAGUCGGAUGCCAUGGAGAAGAAACGGAGAAAGAAAUGAAAGCCUUCUGAGCUGGGUUGUACUGUCAACAAUUGCUUAAAUAUCAUGGAAACCAAAAUGAUUUAUUUUGCAAACAUCUCUUUCAAACUGAACACCAGUAAGAUCUCCUUUUCAGUAAGGAAAAUGAACUGAUCGUUGAGACAACACAACGGAUUGGAUUUCUGGAUCUUUGGAAACAUUUUAUGAUUUUGUGACCAUGCGAUUUGAGAGUGGCUGGCUGCUGCUGGUAGUGAUUGUUGUAUUGUGCAGUGGAGGACGACUUGGUACAGAAUUGCGAAACAAGAUUUGUCCAAAUUGUACCCAUCUGGCUCUGAAGUUAGAAUACAUUUCCAGUGCUGUUGAACAUGAGUACAUUGUGGCUUUUAAGGGAUACUUCACUGCCACAGCCAGGAGCAAAUUCAUUUCUAGUGCACUGAAAAAUACGGAUGUGGUGGAAUGGCGAAUUGUUCCGCGCGACAAUCCUGCCAGUGACUACCCAAGCGACUUUGAGGUUGUUCAAAUUAGGGAGAAACAACGUGAUACUGUAUUAACUCUGGAAGACCACCCACACAUUAAACGAGUUACACCUCAGAGGAAAGUCAUCCGCUCCCUGAAAUUCACAGAGACAGACUCAGCUGCGCCAUGCAAUGAUAGUAGAUGGACACAGAAGUGGCAGUCUUCAAGACCCCUCAGGAGAACCAGCCUCUCCCUUGGCUCUGGAUUCUGGCAUGCUACAGGCAGGCAUUCAAGCAGACGCCUGUUGAGGGCUAUCCCUCGGCAAGUAGCUCAGACACUGCAGGCAGAUGUAUUAUGGCAGAUGGGACAUACAGGUGUUGGUGUGAAAGUAGCAGUGUUUGAUACGGGACUUAGUGAAAAGCAUCCCCAUUUCAAGAAUGUGAAAGAGAGGACAAAUUGGACCAAUGAGAAGACUUUAGAUGAUGGCUUGGGACAUGGGACGUUUGUUGCAGGAGUGAUUGCCAGCAUGCGAGAAUGUCAGGGGUUGGCACCAGAUGCAGAGUUGCACAUUUUCAGAGUCUUUACAAACAACCAGGUCUCUUACACCUCUUGGUUCCUCGAUGCCUUUAAUUAUGCAAUUUUGAAGAAGAUAGAUGUACUGAAUCUCAGCAUAGGUGGACCAGACUUCAUGGAUCAUCCCUUUGUUGAUAAGGUUUGGGAGCUGACAGCUAAUAAAGUGAUCAUGGUCUCUGCAAUUGGUAAUGAUGGCCCUCUCUAUGGCACCCUCAAUAAUCCUGCUGAUCAGAUGGAUGUAAUUGGUGUGGGUGGAAUUGACUUUGAAGACAACAUGGCUCGAUUCUCCUCUAGAGGAAUGACAACUUGGGAGCUUCCUGGUGGUUAUGGAAGAAUGAAACCGGAUAUUGUGACUUAUGGCUCUGGUGUGCGAGGUUCUGGCAUGCAGGGUGGUUGUCGCUCACUUUCGGGAACAAGUGUGGCAUCUCCAGUAGUGGCAGGUGCAGUCACUCUGCUUGCAAGCACUGUGCAGCACCGUGAGACUGUGAAUCCGGCCAGUAUGAAACAAGCCUUAAUAGCUUCUGCACGCAGACUGCCUGGGGUCAACAUGUUCGAACAAGGUCAUGGUAAACUGGAUCUGCUGAAAGCUUACCAAAUUCUUAAAAUCUAUAAACCUCAAGCCAGCUUGAGCCCAAGCUACAUUGAUCUAACUGAGUGUCCUUAUAUGUGGCCCUACUGCUCCCAGCCCAUCUAUUGUGGGGGAAUGCCAACUGUCAUCAAUGUAACAAUCUUAAAUGGCAUGGGUGUCACAGGUCGGAUUAUUGACAAGCCAAUAUGGCAGCCGUAUUUACCCCAGAAUGGAGACAACAUAGAGGUCGCUUUUUCCUAUUCCCAAGUCCUCUGGCCUUGGUCUGGCUUUCUAGCUAUUUCAAUAUCUGUCACCAAAAAAGCUGCAUCGUGGGAAGGCAUUGCUCAGGGCCAUGUGAUGGUUACUGUUGCCUCACCAGCUGAAAAUGAUUCAAAAAAUGGCAAUGAAAUGACAUCAACAGUGAAGUUGCCAGUCAAGGUGAAGAUUAUUCCGACACCACCUCGCAGUAAGAGAGUUUUGUGGGAUCAGUAUCACAACCUGCGUUACCCACCUGGUUACUUUCCGAGGGAUAACCUGCGCAUGAAAAACGAUCCUCUAGAUUGGAAUGGUGACCAUGUGCACACCAAUUUUCGGGAUAUGUACCAGCAUUUGCGAAGCAUGGGCUAUUUUGUAGAGGUGCUUGGAGCACCCAUCACCUGUUUUGAUGCCAGCCAGUAUGGUACCUUGUUAAUGGUAGACAGUGAAGAAGAAUACUUUCCUGAGGAAAUUACUAAACUGAGGCGUGAUGUUGAUAAUGGCCUUUCUGUAAUAGUCUUCAGUGAUUGGUACAACACAUCUGUAAUGAGAAAAGUGAAAUUCUAUGAUGAAAAUACAAGGCAGUGGUGGAUGCCAGACACGGGAGGUGCGAACAUCCCAGCACUUAAUGACCUGUUAUCUGUAUGGGGCAUGGCUUUCGGUGAUGGCUUAUAUGAAGGAGAUUUCAGCAUGGCAAAUCAUGACAUGUAUUAUGCUUCAGGGAGCAGUAUUGCUAAGUUUCCUGAGGAUGGUCUUGUUCUUGCUCAAACUCUGAAAGAUCAAGGUCUAGAAGUUUUAAAACAAGAAACAACUGUCGUUAAAAAUGUUCCUAUUCUUGGAUUGUAUCAGACACCGUCUGAUGGUGGUGGGCGGAUUGUCUUGUACGGCGAUUCCAAUUGUCUGGAUGAUAGUCAUAGACAAAAAGACUGCUUCUGGUUGCUCGAUGCUCUCCUUCAGUACACCUCAUACGGCGUGAUGCCCCCAAGCCUCAGCCACUCUGAAAAUAGGCAGCAGCCUCCAUCUGGAACUGAGCACCCACUACCAGAGCGGAUGGAAGGCAACCACUUGUAUCGUUUUUCCAAGGUUCUUGAACCGCACCUCGCAGAUCCCAAACCUCGUCCUCUUCCAGCAUGUCCUCACCUAUCCUGGGCCAAGCCUCAACCUCUAAAUGAGACAGCACCAAGUAACCUUUGGAAGCACCAAAAGUUGUUAUCCAUUGACCUAGACAAAGUGGUUCUGCCAAAUUUCAAGCAAAACCGUCCCCAAGUGCGACCUUUAUCACCAGGUGAAAGUGGAGCCUGGGAUAUUCCUGGAGGUAUAAUGCCUGGUCGAUAUAACCAAGAUGUUGGACAGACAAUUCCGGUCUUUGCUUUCCUUGGUGCUAUGGUGGUGCUGGCAUUCUUUGUGGUGCAGAUAAAGUCUAAAAGCAAGCCAAAGAGACGGAAGCCACGGGUCAAACGUCCUCUACUGCUUCAGCAGGUGCAUCCGCCAAAGACGCCCUCUGUAUGAUUGGGGCAGUGAUUGACAACAAAUCAAGGCACAUCAACUGCAGACAGGGAAUAGUACGGUUGGCUGCUUCAAAUGGGUGUUGUGAAAGUACCAACUAAACACACAAAUGAACUUGCUGACAUUUCUGACACAUUUUAAAGACAAUGUGGUUUUACGGAGUUGACUUUUUUAACAGCAACCCUAACUACCAAAGAUGUGUUCGGUUGCUUUAUAUUUAUAAUUUCCUGGGAACAAAAUGGUUCUAAACAAAUCCAGUCAGUACAGAUAUGGGGACAUCUUGCUCCAAUUCUUGGUUUUAUUUUAUUGUCAUCAUGUAGAACAUUUGUUACAAGGGCAUUUAUAGGUGAGAAAUGGAUUUUGUAACAUGAGUCUGCACCCUCGUCAUACUUAAAUAAGAAUGAAUUACUGAUUCAGAUAAUAUGGACAAUGGCACCUAGCAAGAAUAAUUGGUAAUAAUCAUACCAAGGCGCUCUGUGCUUGAAAUGACUUAUUUUUAUAAAAUGGAAACUGCUGCAAUUCAUUGUAAAUAUUUAUAAUGGCAGUUUGCAACCUAUUUUCGCCAUUAUCGGUGGAAUAAAUUUACAGCUCUGCAAGUA